UAACGAAGACACCCUGCAACAGCUGCCAGUAUGCAGCUCUAGUAUUCGCCGCAAGCCACACGGCGAAUCGCUUAUCAUAGUUUCUCCCAUUGCAUCUGAUAUAAGAUAGCCAAACGGUCGAGCAGGGGAGUCUCUUUGCGGCUCUCAAACGACGAACGACACAGGAUCUACAAUUCCAGCGUUGCAACCUGCGACAAACAUUGUGACGAUACAAAUGGCGCAGCCACACAUCGAGAACAAAAAUGUUAUCCCAGGAACGGUGCAUCUGGUCGACCUGCAAGGGAAGAUGCAGACAGCGCAUGCGGAGGGCAAGCAACAUGAUGUUGUUCUGGUGCCAAAGCCCUCUGGUGACCCAGAUGAUCCGUUGAAUUGGUCGCCAAGGCGGAAGAUGCUAUCCACCAGUUGCAUGUGCAUGUAUACGUUGAUGGUCGGCAUUGCGUCUGCUGCGAUAUACUCCAUAUUGGUUCCUAUUUCCGAGGACACAGGUCUGACACUUGGCGACCUGAACGCGGGUACAGGCUACAUGUUUCUCUUUUUUGGAUGGGGCUGCUUAGUGUGGCAGCCAUUGGCACUGCAGUAUGGAAAACGGCCAGUAUAUCUCUUCUCGACAUUAGCAACCAUGGCCAUGAUGAUCUGGGCACCAUAUACGAAAAGCAAUGGCCAGUGGAUUGCAAACAAGAUUCUGCAGGGUUUCUUCGGAGCUCCGAUCGAAUCAUUGUGCGAAGUCUCUGUAACAGAUAUUUAUUUUACGCAUGAGCGUGGUGCAUACAUUGGUCUCUACGCAUUCAUGCUUGCUGGGAGUAACUUCCUCGCUCCUGUUCUGGCCGGCUUUAUCAACGAUGGGCAAGAUUGGAAAUGGGUCUUGUACUGGUGUGCAAUAUUCUGCGGGGUUGCAUUUGUCUAUCUCUUCUUCUUUCUUGAAGAGACAAACUACGACCGGAAGCCACUCGCGGUUGAAGUCUCAGACACGCCUCUCGAAAGCAGCGAUGAGUCUAUAGAGAGCCAGACAGCCCCUACGACCACGGAAGAGAAGACACCCCGGGAGAACCCUCCGGCUGACGUCGACUACGAAGCUGGAGAGGUGUACAAAAAGAAGAGCUACCUAGAUAAGCUCAGGCUCCUUGACAGGCCCCGACCAUUCAAGGUUUUCCAAAUGAUGUGGCGGCCUCUCUCCCUUUUCAGCUUUCCAAUCGUUGUUUAUUCUGGUUUCGCUUAUGGUUCCAAUCUGGUUUGGUUUAACGUCCUAAACGGGACUUCUUCCUUGAUCCUGGGGUCUGCACCAUACAACUUUUCGUCUUCGAUGGUCGGCUUGUCCUAUGUGUCUGCAAUAAUAGGUGUCGGACUCAGCUCUCUUUUCAGCGGAAAGUUUGGAGACUGGCUCAUGAUUAGAUUGGCGCGUCGCAAGAAGGGCAUCCAUGAGUCAGAACACCGUCUCUGGCUGUUUGCAAUCAACAUCCUUCUGACGCCCUUCGCUCUUAUCCUAUGGGGAGUAGGAGCUGCUCAUGGAGUGCACUGGUUUGGUUUAAUCUUUGGAAUGGGAGUGCUCGCCUUCACUAUUACCAUCGGCAUCCAAGCUUCAGUUUCAUACUGCGUGGAUACAUAUAAAGAUCUCUCUGGUGAGGCCCUCGUUACGGUCAUUAUCAUCCGUAACACUAUGAGUUUUGCCGUUGGCUACGGCAUAACUCCUUGGGUUACCAAUAUGGGAUACCAAAACGCUUUCCUUGUUGCAGCAUUUGUUGGUCUGGCACAAGCUCUUACCUUCCUGAUAUUUGUAAAAUGGGGCAAGGGCUGGCGCGAAAUGUCCAAGCAUCGUUACUGGAAAUACGUGGAGAAGUCGGGCCACCUUGGGACGCACUAGAUAGUCUUUUACUAACCAAUUUUUUGAGACAAACCCCGAAAUUGCAUUCCUCUACCUAGGUACAUAUGAUUAUGAAACCUAAAGAA